UUGAAAUAUUCACCGUUGCAGUUAACAUCGAGUGUUCGGCGGGUACAGACUACGGUUAGCGUUCAAAACUGAAUUGCCGCGAAAUUCACUUCACUUUUGCCAUUGACAAACCCCAUCCAAGCAACUAGCACCCCUACUGGGCAUAUACGGGAACGAGAAACUUUCGAAAGUUAAAGAAGACACGUAGCCAAGAAACAAAAAUAGAUAAAACCCAAAACGAAAAACCCCAAAAAAAAAUAAUUAACUUGAAUUAUCAAAAUGAUUAACAGAUUUGUGUCUCGGCAGUAUUUCAAGGUUUCUCUGGUUAUUCCCUUGCUGGUUGUUUUAUGUCUCUGUGUGGGAUAUAGUGACGCGGUUGCCAAAGCCCUCGAUCGUGAGGCAUACACAAUUUACUACAACAACAAGACACCGAAUAAAGAUGGCGAUUACAAUUUCGAUUUUCAAACAUCGAACGGAAUAACGGUCAAGGGGGCCGGCAAUGUCAAUGGGGCUGUGGGUGCUGUGCAAUACGUUUCGCCUGAAGGUUUACCCAUAACAUGGACCUAUGUGGCGGACAGCGAUGGCUAUCAUCCGACAGGGGAUCACAUACCAAUGAGGCCGGAAUAUGUAGACAGAGCCUUGGAGUAUAUACGCACUCAUCCACAGGUGAAUGAAGAGGAAUCAAGGAAGCUAUGAUUCACUGAAGCGGCGCAUGUUAUUAUUGUAGAAAAUGUACAAUUUCCUUCGCUUUGGAAUAGUAUAAAUUAAUGGAAUUUCUAAAAAAUUGUCCAAAAGAAAAUAAUGUGGUCAAGGUCAGAAAUGCAUUAGCAAAAUCACAUCUAUAUAUUAUUUUUCUCUCUCCCUGUCAUACACUCCCAUUUCUCGGUGAGUGUGUUCUAUUCAAUAAAGUGUGACAAUUUUACGAAAAAAAUUCCAUUUAUUUAAAAGCUGAAACACCAUUAGCUGUCAAUGUGCAAAAAAUAUGAGAUUUGAAGAAACAAAUUCAGCAUUAUAAAAUUCUUUCUAUUUUUUUAUAAUUAUGCCAUCGAAGACGUGGCUUAAUUUUUUAAGCCAUCAUUUAAUAAACAACGAAAUAUUUCCUAACAAUUGGAUACUUAAGUUAAACCACUGCCCAGCAACAGUGAACUAGGCUCAUUAUUAUAUGUUUAUUUUUAAAUAAAGAAAUAUUAUAAUUUUUUCUUAAGUUUUAUUUUUU